GCUGUGCCGUUUUAGUCUAGGCUCCGCCUUUGAAACUCAAUUCGAAAAUGAAAUUCAAGUAUCAAAAGAAACACAAGCCACUCAAAUCAAUUAAACACGCUCUUCGACACUUGGCACACGCUCUGGGCAAGGCUGUGCUAUAUUUGGGCACUCCUCCCUUGUGUCCGGUCCAUCAGAAUGGCGUUUUAACCCAACUCCACUGCCAGUACCUGGGCUGCUGUCCGUUGUGCCAUCUGUGCGGAUUCUCGUGCGUCGCAGCGACAUGUGCGCGACACCCAUGGGACAUCUGCACUUGGAUAUAGUGAGCUGGCAUAACAUGGCAACUAAAUAAAUUGAUUAAUGCUGGCGGAGCAAUAAAGAAA